AUGGACAACGGUCGGUCCCAUAUGAGAGACAAAGCGGAGAUCAUAGAUCAGCAAGUGCUCUUUGCUAGGCUGGACACCUGCUUUGCGACUCUCUCAGAACCGUUUCGUCAACGAUACUUCGAUGUCUUGACCCACACCUUGCGCGUUUGCUGUGCCAUCUGCAGCUCGGGAAGUUUGCUGAUUCUGUUUACUUCCCUGACCACUUCCUACUGGGUGACGGAGAAAACACAUCAAGGUCUGGUCCAUACCGGUCUCUGGGAGAUGUGCCUCGGUCCUACUUGUCACUACAUCGAAUUUCCGGUGCCAGAAUUCCUCAACGUUACCAGAGCCUUCGUAAUGAUAGCUGUUGUCUGUGGCAUAGCGUCGUUGCUCUGCAUUUGCAUUUCCUUUGAAUAUGUGUCCAUAGGCCCCAUUUAUUUGUUGGCUGUUGCUGGACUGCUCAGCUUCUCUACAGGCUUCUUCACCUUGAUUGCCAUCUCUGUAUUCACAGCUGUGAACAAGAGCAAAAAGGUGUACUUGCAACAUUUAAUGAUAUUUGGUUCCUCCUAUGGACUGUGUUGGGCUUCCAUCCCUGCAUACAUCACAACAGCGGCUGCUCAUUUCUUCCCCCGCCACAAGCGGAAACUGCACUGA